AUGUCUUCCAAGUGGAACCACGCCAAGAAGUUUCUAACAGCUGAAUAUCUUCUUCACACCAUCCUCGUACGAGUGCAGCCCACCCUGUACCAACCAUGCCACCAAACGAAGAUCUCGAGCCUGGCUCAAUGGCUGCCCGGUCAACGCAUCUGUCAAGUGGAGGUUCAGAUCCGAAAUGGUGCUCUUUCACCCAUGAACCAGUUAUUGUUGUGCUUGAGAUUUUACGCUACUGACUGCACUCAAUUGACCGCAGCAGAUUUCAGUGGUGUCAGUGAUACUACCGCCAACCGCAUAAUACACAGGGUUACAGCUGCUAUUGCUUCCCUGUUCCGUCAAUUCAUUUACUUUCCAAGAACUGAAGCAGAAAUACAACAGACUCAAAGAGACUUUUAUGUGAUUGCUCGUUUUCCAAAAGUAAUUGGUGCAGUGGACUGCACUCACACUAAAAUACGUUCCCCUGGGGGUGACCAUGCAGAGUACUAUAGAAAUAGGAAAAGUUUUAUGUCUAUAAGCUGUCAGGGAAUUUGUAACGCUAACUUAGAAUUUACUGAUGUUGUUGCUAGGUGGCCAGGCAGCACCCACGACCAAACAAUUUUUGACAACUCUUUGCAGCGGGCUCGGUUUGAAAACAAUGAAUAUGGAGAUUCUAUACUCUUGUGUGGUUCUGCAUAUGCUUCCAAAAAGUAUUUAAUGACACCUCUAGCUAAUCCAGCGAGACCAGAGGAAAUAUUAUAUAAUGAGUCACAAAUCAGGUCCAGAAAUCCAAUAGAACGAAUAUUUGGAGUAUGGAAGCGCAGAUUCCCCAUACUCGCCUUAGGUAUUAAUACUCGUUUAGAUAAUGCAUUACCAAUAAUUAUUGGCACUGCUGUGCUGUACAAUAUUCUAAAGAGGGGAGGGGAUCCACUUCCACCUGAUGACAAUGAAUUGCAACUUCCAGUACCAUGGGAUGCACUCAUUGAUCAAGGAAGAAUUGAUAAUCCCCUGAUUCCAAACGAGCAUGGCCAUGGAGCAGACCCUUAUAGAUAA